AUGACGCUUAACCUCAGCGAGGAUGUCCUGCUAGAUAUGCUCACCUAUCAUCAAGUCCCGGCCCAUUUCCUGAGCUUCCUCGCGAGCGGUGGCGGGGCCUGGAGCUUCGCCACCAGCAUGCGCUUCGCAGGGUUCAUGAGUUGCUCUACGCUCCCGCCUCGGAAACGGCAGCCGAGCCUCGCGAGGCUCGGCCGCAGCGGUGCGCACGUGCAGGUUUGCCUCACGCUGUUCAGCAUCCGCGAAUACCCCCUUCACGCGUUGCCCGAGGAUGCGGACCCUGUCCGGACACCUCGGUGGGAGACGCACUCUGCCGUCGUAUACCUUCACUUGGACCUGAAAGAGGGUACGGCGGUUUGGCUGCUCGUGAGCCCGAGGUCGUAUCAUGAAGAGAAAGGCAAGGGUACGCAGAAUCUUCUAUGGAAUACGCUGAAAGGCGAUCUGGCAAGUGACUUGACUGCGUUUGCACGUCUCGACGUCCACGAGCGCUUUCGUGCCAGUCUAAGCUGUCUUCUUGCCGCCGCCCGGUGGUCUAUUGGAAAGUUUUCGCGCCACCUUCAAGACACAGAGAGACGGCUCUCUGAUCUGCAUGCCGACAAGAUACAGACCAAGCCGUACGUGUACCCUUUCGACGAUGACGACAUGGUUGACGACGAGCCACGGGAAUCAAUACACGCUCAGGAUCUGCGAAGGAUGGCCUUCAUAAUGGAGUCACGGCACGGGAGUGUCAUGAGAGCCGAGAAUAACCUUCGGGUCCUUCGAAACCUCCGGAAGUUCUUCGUUGAUGAGGUGUCCGCGGACCUCAAGAACUUUGACGGUGGCCAUGCCGACGGAUUCCGUAUGCAUAUCGAAAACUUCGCAGAAAGGGUGACGUCGGUGAUCGAAGAGAUUGAAGACCUGCUUGACAAGGCACUAGCUUUGGAUAAGCUCGCCAAGAACCGAGAAGAAUACAUUCAACGGUUGCAAGCGCACCACUCGAGCCAGCAGACGAAAACAAUCGCAGAGCUAACGGCAGACGACUCGUCCGCGAUGAAGCAGCUAUCCUUCAUAGCCCUGGUUCUGUUGCCCGUUACGGUAGUAUCGGCCGUCCUGAGUACAGACAUUGUCAAGUUUCAAGACCUUGAAAGCGAACACGAGAAGAAUGCCACCGGAGGCACAUCUGACGGCACCGUACCCGUCUUCCACUUCUCGGCCGCCGCGUUCGGCACGUGGGCCGUUGCGAGCGUGCUCAUGACCAUCGCGACGCUGAUGAUUGUCAAGCCGAUCAGCAGUCGUGGGCGGCGCGGUAACGGUAGAGUUAGUGGCAGUGGUGGUGGCGAGGAUGCGGCUGCAUACGCGUGGGUACCUCAAUUGAAGGGAUGGACGUCGUAUGCAUGGAACUUUCGAGAUGCCUUCGAAUCGGCCGAGAAAAAGAAGUUUCGGUCCAACACAGAGAAGCCAAACCCGGCAGCGUCGGCAUCCGCUCCCUCGAUCCAUGCGGCUCCGAUGGUCACCAAGACGGCAUCAAAUUCGCCAGAGGCUCCGCUCGCGGGUGAGGGUGCUCCCGCUCCAGCCGAGACCCUUCAAACGUGGAAAUGGAUGGGACGAUGGUUAGGCGCUGGUGCUUUGGACACUAUGUGGCAGAAGGCAAAGGAUAGGUCGAACAUGACGGCAGCGGCGACGACACCAUUACCCCGAUGGGAUAGUCGACGAGACGAGGGCUAG